AUGGCUACUGAGGAGCCCAUGCUCAUGCGAAUCCCUCCGGAGAUUCGCAUGCUGAUAUACGAAUACCUGCUCGACAAUGGCGGGAACAGAGAUAUCGCGAUCCGGAAUCAAUCGAAGUGCGAGUACCAGGCUCGCCGCUCAAAGUGCCAACGGUCUGCCUACCACAUCGUGGAGCGGUCGUUUGCCAAGAUGUCAUACGAAACAACAUACUGCGCCGACGCCGAAACCGAUCGAGCGAUGCACACGGCGGUCAUGCACAUCAACAGAAAAAUCCGGGAAGAGGCGUCCCAUUUUCUGUACACAAGACACGCCUUCCACUUUGGCGAGGACCUGGAGGCCGUGGUGCCUUUCCUCGCUGAUAAGACACCACGCACUAGGGACUUAGUUCGAGAGAUCAGUCUCUACAAGCGCAGCCCAACCAAUACUGUUGAGCCAGACUCAUAUGACUGGUCUUCAGUCUGUCGCUUCCUCCGAAAUUUGCAGGGCUUGGAUAAGUUGACUCUCGUCAUCGAAGGUGCCCGGCCAAGAGGGCCGUGGGAUGGGCCGCAGAGUCUGACUGUUUCCGACUUUCGGCUGCUGUAUACGACUAGACACGACAGCCUCGAGUGGGCGCGAGAGCUGGCGUCUGUCAAGACGAUCAAGGAGGUGGAGAUUGUUGCGGAUAUUCACCACCUGCCGCACCCUCAGUCAAACAUGAUGCUGGUCCUAGCCGCAUUCUCAGCGUCGAUUGAGACGUCGCUGGUGGAUUUCCUUCGAGAUGAUUUGGGUAUUCCUGCGCGAGUUGGAAAAGCAAAGUAUUGUGGUACGGGUGCUUUUGGGCGGUCGAAGAACUGUCAACGGAACGGGUGUCUGACAAGUUGA